UAAUCUGUGCAAUGAUGUGAUGCUGUUUUCGGUCGUUUCGGUGGCAAAUAAAAAUUGUUAUUAUAAGUUAUAUUUUUGCGUAGUAUGUCUAAGAAUUAAGUGUUAAUAAUAAACUUGUUGUCUAUAAAUAUUGUACAUAAUGGAUGAAAAAGAAGAGUUGCAUCUAACCUCUCAAGAACUUCAAGUUUUAUCAGAACUUGACAGUCGACAAUUUGGAUUUCUGAAGCUGCGUGGUAGUGAGCAUGUCAGAACACGGGCUUUGGUUCUCAAGGCAGUCAAAUAUCUGGAAGGCAUGUUGGUACAAGUUAAGGAAGAGGAAAGAGCUUGUUCACCGGGUGCAAGAAGAGACAUCUGCAUUGAUCCAAAAACAUACUGUAAAUUGGGACAUUUCCAUUUAUUAUUAGAAGACUAUGCAAAAGCAAUGUCAGCAUAUCAAAAGUUCUACGCUUUGGAGCCAGACAACUGGAAGGACCCUUUGUUUCUGUAUGGAUUAGGACUCUGUUACUACCACUACAAUGCCUUUGAAUGGGCGACGCGGGCGCUGCAGAUGGCACUGUACGUGUCGCCGGGGUUCUCGCGCGCGGCGGACGCCCACCUGCGGCUGGCGCUCAUGUUCAAGGCGCGCCGGCACUGGGCCGCAGCCGCCGCACACUUCCGCCGUGCGCGCCUCGCCCCGCAUCAAGACGCCACCUUCACCCGCCUCGAGCUCAGUUUCCACGCCGCCCACCUCCUUGAAGCUAGGGGACUGCGCAAGGCUGCCAGAGACGCCUACGAGCGCCUUCUCAAGGAACCACAACUCUCAUCCUCGCUGAAAGCAGACGUGUGCAGACAGUUAGGUUGGCUGUACCAUCGGUGCGUGUCACUGGGCGAGGCGCCGGCGCGUGCGCGGGCCGCCGUGUGGUGCUUGCAGCGCGCUGUGGCCGCCGAGCCCGACUCCGGCGCCGGACUCUACCUGCUAGGCCGGUGCUUUGCCGCGCAGGGCAAGGUGCACGAUGCCUUCAUCGCGUACAGAAACUCGGUCGAGAAGUCUGAGGGGAAUGCCGAUACUUGGUGCUCUAUAGGAGUUUUGUAUCAGCAGCAGAACCAGCCGAUGGACGCGCUGCAGGCGUACAUCUGCGCGGUGCAGUUAGACAAGGGACACUCGGCGGCGUGGACAAACCUCGGAAGUCUGUACGAGAGUUGCCAGAUGGCGCGGGACGCGUUCGCCUGCUACAGUAACGGCGGGCCGGCCGCGGUGUCUGCGCACGCGCCGCUGCGACAGCGCCUCGCCUUCCUGCGUGCACAUCUCGCGCACGCGCCCAUGCCCUCCGUCACCGGCAAACGACGUCAGUUACCGUCUAUAGAGGAAGCGUGGAACCUGCCCAUAUCAGCGGAGAUGUCGUCCCGAGCGCCCAAGUCAGCACCUCCGCCUUACCCCGGCAAGAGGGCGGAGGAAGCACCUCCUCUCAGCCAUCAGCAGCUGCAGACGCUACAGUACCUGCAGAGGAACUCUCACAACCUCUCACCACAGCAACAAGCGCUGAUGCAACAAUUACUAUCGCAGUACCGACUGGCGCAGGCGGCGAGAGCGCGUGCGGUUACGAAGACUGAAAGUAGCGCCGGCAGCGGCGGCGAGAGCGCCGAGUCUCUCGCUGAAGAUCUGCUCAAAAAGUUCUCAGACUCACAAACUGAUAUCAAGAAAGAACCAGCCACAACAGAGAACGGAGCUGGGAACGGUGGCGGGGGCGGCGGUGCGAACGAGGCAGUGCUGGGCGGCCGCCAGCCCGUCGUCAAGCUGGAGCCGCUCAAGACGGACCCCCUCAAGCCCCUCUCCUUUCACAUCGGCAUGAGCUCCAAGCAGAUCCUCGACGCUUGCAAAGAAAAUGCAGGCCCCGCGACGUCGUGGUCGGUGCUGGGCGACGGGUGCGGCGCGCCCGAGCCGCCUGCCGUGCCCGCGCCGCGCCUCUCCGCCGAGCAGCUCGCGCCGCCCGCGCCCUUCGUCUACGUCGAGUCGAAGCGCGACGCUUUCUCCCCGCAGCUGCAGGACUUCUGCCUCAAGCACCCCAUCGCCGUAGUGCGCGGCCUCACCGCCGCCCUCAAGCUCGACCUCGGCCUCUUCUCCACCAAGACCCUCGUGGAGGCGUGGCCCGACCACGCGGUCGAGGUGCGCACCCAGCUCAUGCAGUCCGCCGACGAGAACUGGGACCCGACGGGGCGGCGCCGCGUGUGGGCGUGCGCCAGUCACCGCUCGCACACCACCGUGCGCAAGUACGCCCAGUACCAGGCCGGCUCCUUCCAGGACUCGUUGCGCGAGGAGCGCGAGCGCGGCGCCGUCCCGCAGCACUCCGCCGGCGCGCUCUCCGACUCCGACGGCCGCGAGUCGGGCGGCCCCGUCAAGCGCCGCAAGAGCGCCAGGAUGUUGCGCUUCGGCACCAACGUCGACCUCUCGGACGAGCGCAAGUGGCGCCCUCAACUCACGGAGCUGCAGAAGCUGCCAGCAUUCGCGCGCGUCGCCUCGGCCGCCAACAUGCUCUCUCACGUCGGCCACGUCAUCCUCGGCAUGAACACCGUCCAGUUGUAUAUGAAAGUGCCCGGAAGCCGGACGCCCGGCCACCAGGAGAACAACAAUUUUUGCUCAAUAAAUAUAAACAUCGGGCCGGGAGAUUGCGAGUGGUUCGGCGUGCCGGACGCGUACUGGGGCGGCGUGCGCGAGCUGUGCGACCGGCACGGGCUGUCGUACCUGCACGGCUCGUGGUGGCCCGACCCGGAGGAGCUGCGCGCGCACGGCGUGCCCGUCUACCGGUUCACGCAGCGCCCCGGUGACCUCGUGUGGGUGAACGCGGGCUGCGUGCACUGGGUGCAGGCCACCGGAUGGUGCAACAACAUCGCCUGGAACGUGGGCCCGCUCACCGCCAGGCAGUACACGCUCGCCCUCGAGCGCUACGAGUGGAACAAGGUGCAGAACUUCAAGUCCAUCGUGCCCAUGGUGCACCUCACCUGGAACCUGGCGCGCAACAUCCGCGUCUCCGACCCGCGGCUGCACCGCGCGAUGCGCACCUGCCUCAUGCAGACGUUGCGCGCCGCCUCGGGCACGCUCAACGUGGUGCGCGCGCGCGGCGUGCCUAUCAGGUUCCACGGGCGCGCGCGUGGCGAGGCCUCGCACUACUGCGGCUCGUGCGAGCGCGAGGUUUGGCACGCGCUGCUGGUACGCGAGCACGAGCGCCGGCACGUGGUGCACUGCCUAGCGUGCGCGCGCCGCGCGUCACCCACGCUGGCCGGCUUCCUCUGCCUCGAGGAGCACCACACGGAGGAGCUGGCGCAGGUGUACGACGCGUUCACGCUGCACCGCGCCGCGCCGCUCGCCGCCGCCGCCGCUGCGCCCGCCGCCGCCGCCGUGGUGCAGACGCCGGCGCUGGUGGCGACGCCGGACUGAUGGCCGCCCGCCGCGGGCCACGAUUGGAUCACUUCCACACUCCCGGAUCGAACGAGUGAAACGUAAUGUAGAGGGCCGAUUUUGAAACGCAGAUCUCGUAUUUAUUCCGCGUUUCCGAUGUAUUUAUGUAUGUAUAAUGUAGAUUUUGCACGAAUGAAUUCGAUUUAUCGCUGGAGUACGGAUGUAUCCGGCGCGACGGUAGUAACUGUUCCUGGACGUGUCGAUAUCCGCGCGAGUCGCGCCAGUCAAUUAUUAACGUUUUUGCAACAUUUUCUUAUAAAAAUUUUGCACUUUGACCGUUAUACUUAUAAGUUAGAAGUGAGCCAUUUACACAAAUCUGGUGAUAACCCUGACUUCAGUUGUAUCAAUGCAAGUAGCGAUGCUGUCCGGGCGACGUCGAUGUACCUGUUUUAACUUUGUGUGAGCGUGAUCUGUAUUUUUAAAGAGUAUGGUUUUAUUUCAACUACAAUAUUUAGCUGUUUGUUGUUUUUUUUUUACUUAUAGAAGAGAGUCCGAAUGUACAAACAAUUGUAAAAGCUCUUGUAAUUGAUAUUUCAGUAAAAGUUAAAACAUUAAACGCUAGAGUUCCGUUUGUAUAUUUCGUAUUUGACCAAACUUAAAUAUUUGAGCGAUAGUUUACGAUAUAUAUUUUUACAACACGACUUGAAUAUGAAAAUGUCAUUGUGAUGUGUAUAUUUUUGGUGAUAAAACGUAAUUUUUAUAAUGAAAUAAAUUGUAAAGUUUACACGACUCUCCGUCACUUUUGUGAGGAAUAAUGAUAAAGUUGUAGCGUCAAUUUUACUGACCAUUAUCAAGUAAUAAGUGAAUGUUUAUUGGCGAUGGCGCCAUCUUAAAUAGGUGAUAGGUUAAUCAUUAAGCUGUGAAUGGCUUAAGUAAGAGCGGUAGAGGCAGGCAAGUGGUGGCCAUGGAUCAGAUGCGUGUGGACGGUUCGAGGAGGGUCUUGACAGAGAGCUGUCAAUCCUCAACAGUAGCAAGGCAGAUCUUUUGUUGGUGAGAUCACUUACCAUGUGGUGAUCCGUGCGCGCUAUUUUUUAGCCAAAUUAUUAGAAAGAAUGUUGACAGAUCGAUGCUCUAGGUCUCAAGUGCUCAGGUGUUCAAAUGUGUUUAUUUUUGUAUAGAAAGGUAUUUAUUUAUUUUUUAUUUGUCAUCGUGACGAGUUUAGUUCGAUUCGAUUUUUAGUACAUUAUAGCGAAUAAUAGAAGUAAAUGUAAGGCACGGAUUGAGAUCCUGCGUUUUAGGAGGGUCUGGUGAAUAGUGCUGCUGUGUCCCAAAGAAUGUUAUACACGUAGACGAUUUAGUAUUGGAAGGGGUCCGAACACUGUAUUUACAUUUCUGUAUGCAAUGUCACACGCUUGGGAUCUGAAAAAUUAUUAUUAAUUCUAGAAAUUUAACAUUUUCAAAGUUUCGAGAAACGAGCGGCGAAUACCAUUUUAGGAAAAUUUUAUGAAAAUAAUAUUGGCUUGUACA